AUGGCAAAAAGAAUUAAACAACAAUUAACUCCCUAUCCUCACCAAAACUUCACUUGUGAUAGUUGCCGAGAGGAAUAUGAACAACAAACUGCCUACUCACCAGCCCCAGAUUUAGACCAAUUAGAUUACUUUUAUACUUACUGUGCUAAUUGUGCGAAAGUAAACGACAAGGAAACCAAAAAACAACCAAAUAAAAGCAAAAAAACCAAAGACUUCGGCACUCCACCAGCAGAAGCCAGCGAAAAUUUACAGUCCUUAGAAAUCGAUAAAAGAACCUUACGCAAAACUAACCGCAUUCAUCAAUUCAAUACUUCGAAUGCUACGAAAAUCAGCGGAAAUAAAGAAGUCAUGCCAAUACAAAGAAUAAAAUGUCGUUGUGGCAAAAGUCAAAAAUGCUCCGCUCCUAUUCACGGAGAAGUAAUAAUUUUGAGUUGUAAAAAGGGCUGGACAAUUCCCCAAGAAGCCAGUGCCAAUUUACAGGCUCCGGAAACUGCUCCUUUGCGAAAAAAGGACAAGAUAGUAAAUAAUCGCACCAAGCCCUUAGGUUUAAAAGUUAGCGAGGAUUUUUAUUGA